AUGGGAACAAUUUCUCAAUUCCUAAGUAUCACAGCUGUUCCAACACCGGCUGGACUCAUACUUCAUCAAAACCGAUACGCUCAAUCUAUUCUCCAACGUGCGGGCAUGCAUUGCAAAACGGUUAACACGCCAAUAACAGAUAAGUCUCACAAAACCACCAACUAUUCCAGUUUAUUUUUCGAUCCUUUAUUGUAUAGACAACUGGUUGGUUCUCUUCAAUAUCUUACACUAACUCGUCCUGAUAUAUCCUAUGCGGUAAACAAAGCCUGUCAAUACAUGCAUAGGCCCACUGACUCAAAUUUUGAAGGCGUCAAACACUUUCUUCGAUAUAUCAAGGGAUCUAUGCAUCAUGGCUUACCUUUAUCUCGCAAUUCUCUUGAACUGACUUCUUAUGUUGACUUAGAUUGGGUAGGAGAUCAACAAGACAAAAAAUCAACAACUGGCUACUGUACUUUUCUUGGAUCAUCUCUUAUCUCCUGGAGUGUCAAGAAACAAAAGACCAUCGCAAGAUCUUCUACUAAAGAAGAAUAUCGCGCUUUAGCCACUACUGCAGCUGAUCUUAUUUGGCUCUGCCAACUUCUUCAAGAACUAGACCGUCCUCAAUAUGCACCAACAAAUCUUUUAUGUGACAACACAUCUGCCAUUGCACUGGCCAAUAAUCCAGUUUUCCAUGCUCGAACAAAGCACAUUGAAAUUGAUUGUCACUUCAUCCGCGAAUGCAUCAAGAACAAAACAAUCUAUGUUCACCAUAUCUCUACCAAAGACCAGCUUGCAGAUAUAUUUACAAAACCUCUUUCAAUGGAACGAUUUCAACACAUCAAUCUCAAACUAACUUCGUCCUCUGACUCAUCAGUUUGCCAGGGGGUGUUAACCCAAUAG